ACGGAGAGCCUUGGCAUGGCUUGGAUGCUUGGCUGGCACGGGGGGCGAAAACCCUCUUCUUUUGGAUGCUGGGCCAGUGGUACUCGUGGAUUACAUCUGCCUCAAUCGGAUAACGAGCUGUCAAUUUCGAUUGAUAUAUCGGCAUGGUAUUGGCAAUGGUUUAUGCUUAAAGCCUUAAUUUGUGAGAUACAGCUCUGCGUCCGGGUAUUUUGUAUGAGACAAAGUCAGAGGUUGGAAGGUCGAUGGUAUCUUGAGUCUUUCCAAUAACGGCGAUACGGGAUAGAGUGAUUAAAACGAUGUAGUGAGGUU